CGGCAACACCGCCGCGCCUAAUAAAAAUCGACACACCUGCGCCGCUUGGCCACACUGGAUAUAAAAUAGGAAAAAUAUUAGAUCAACAAUUGUAUUGUUUAACAUGUAAAUAAUAGUGAUAAGAAGACAGCUGUGCGAAAAUUAGACUGGCGCGAACCGUUUAUAAAAGACAGACCUUGGCAAGAGAAGUGCAGCAAACGGGUCCUAAAUUCCAGAAGGGAAGCAACAGCGCAGCAGCAGCGCAGUCGACGCCUACGCGCGCCGCAAAGUAGCAGCGGAAGUAAUAAAAAACAGAAAAAAGUGGGUGAAAAGUAAAAAGAGAAAGCGGAUACGAGGCAGGAGGAAAGUGCGGAGGCGCAGACGGAGCGGAAGCAGCGGGAGAGCGGAGGGGAACAAGCACAAAAGUCAUGCCGCUGGCGGACUCGCAAAAGGAUCUCCGCCAGCAGCAGCAAACCCCGCAGCAGCAGCAGCUGAACAGCAACAACAAUAAUGCAGCCCAGCAGCAGCAGCUGGCGGGGCAGAAUCAAUCCACAAUGGGCUCCAUGGGCCUGCAGCUGCGCCAGCGCAUGCAGAUCACCUCGUCCGGAUGCAGCAGCCUGGCGGUCACGCCCAUGGAGCACACACCCACCGAGGAGGACGAGGAGAGCGGGAGGGCGGUGACCACGGUGACGUCAUCGCAGCGGAGACAGCAACAGGUGCAGCAGUCGGCCCUGCAGGCUGCGCUGGAGCAGCACCACAUCUCCCCGGCCACUGGACCGGAGGAGACCCAUCUGCAAUCGAGCCGAGAGAAGGCGCCGGGCAAGAAACUCUGCCCGCCCCCAGAACUGAUGGAGCUCAGUGACUCCGAGUCCGGCGGUGGUCAGGGAGGGGCAGUCGGCGGAGAUGUGCUCGAGCUGAACGAGAACGAGUUCGAGCUGAAAGAGGUCAUCAAGGAGGGACACGACAAGGCCGAUCCUUCGCAGUUCGAGCUGCUCCGGGUGCUGGGAGAAGGCAGCUUUGGGAAGGUGUUCCUGGUCAGGAAAAUAAUUGGCAAGGAUGCCGGGACUCUCUACGCGAUGAAGGUCCUCAAGAAGGCCACUCUCAAGGUCAAGGACCGGGUGAGGAGCACCAAUGAACGCAAAAUCCUAGCCGACGUGGGUCAUGCCUUCAUCGUGCGCCUGCACUACGCCUUCCAAACGCCGGGAAAGCUCUACCUGAUCCUGGACUUCCUGCGCGGCGGCGACCUCUUCACUCGGCUGUCCAAGGAGGUGAUGUUCACCGAGGAGGACGUCAAGUUCUAUCUGGCGGAACUGGCUCUGGCCCUGAAUCACCUGCAUGCGCUGGGUAUUAUCUACAGGGACCUGAAGCCGGAGAACAUACUCCUGGACGAGCACGGACACAUAGCGCUCACCGACUUCGGUCUCUCCAAGCAGCCCCUGGACGGCUCCAAGACCUACAGCUUUUGCGGGACCGUCGAGUACAUGGCGCCGGAGAUUGUGAACCGGAAGGGGCACGACUUUGCCGCCGACUGGUGGUCCUUCGGCGUUCUAAUGUACGAGAUGCUGACGGGCAAUCUUCCAUUCCACGGACAAACUCGCCAGGAGACCAUGAACCAGAUUUUAAGGAGUAAGCUCGGCAUGCCGGAGAACCUGUCUCCGGAGGCGCAGUCGCUACUGCGGGCGCUGUUCAAGCGGAAUCCCCAAAACCGACUUGGAGCCGGAGCCCAGGGCAUACUGGACAUCAAGGCGCACUGCUUCUUCGCCACCAUCGACUGGGUGCGGUUGGAGCGGAAGCAGGUGCGUCCGCCUUUCAUACCGGCGGUCAGCCGCGACGAUGCCUUCUACUUCGAUGUGGAGUAUACCUCGAAAUCGCCCCGUGAUUCGCCCGGCGGUCCCAUAUCCGCAUCCGCACACGAGAUCUUCAGGGGCUUCAGCUUCGUGGCCCCAGUUCUGCUCGAAGCCCAGUGCUCGAAUGCCGCUUCCAACAGCUGCUCCACCAGCGCCAGUCCGCUGCACAUGGCUGCCGCCCCUAUUCCCGCCGUGGCGUCCGCCGCUCCUUCUAUGGCUUCCCGCAGCUUACCAGGAGUCUUGCCGGGUAACUUCCAUGCAGAGUACAAUCUGCUCCAAGAGCUGGGCCGUGGCACCUUCUCCGUUUGCCGCCUAUGCGAACACCGCGCCUCAAAAAAGCACUACGCCGUCAAGGUGAUCGAAAAGGCGGCCGUGGCCGCCGCCUCCACAUCCGCCGACUGCUGGGAAGAGGUGGAGAUUAUGCUGCGGUACGGAAACCACCCGAACAUUGUGACGCUGUACUCCGUGUACGAGGACGCGGGCUCUGCCUACCUGGUGAUGGAGCUGCUGAAGGGCGGAGAGCUGCUGGAUCGCAUCCUGGCCGUGGGCCAGAUGUGCGAGAGCGAGGCGAGUGCCGUGCUCCGGACCAUAGCCUCGGCGGUGGCCUAUCUGCACGAGCACGGCGUGGUGCAUCGGGAUCUGAAGCCCUCGAACAUGAUCUACGCGAGCAUGCGACAAACGCCGGAGACCCUGAAGCUCUGCGAUUUGGGCUUCGCCAAGCAGCUCCGGGCGGACAACGGCCUCCUAAUGACACCGUGCUACACGGCCAACUUCGUGGCGCCGGAGGUGCUGAAGCGACAGGGCUACGACCUGGCCUGCGACAUCUGGUCCCUGGGCGUGCUGCUCUACAUAAUGCUCUCCGGGAGAACGCCGUUUGCCAGCACUCCAAACGACUCGCCCGAUGUGAUCCUCAAGCGGAUAGGUUCCGGGCACAUCGACUUCACCAGCAGCCGAUGGGCUCUGGUCAGCACGCCGGCCAAGGAUCUGCUGCGCCAGAUGCUGCACAUCGUGCCGGAGAACCGGCCCACGGCGGCCAAUAUCCUGGAGCACACGUGGCUGCGCGAACAGUUUGCCAGUGGAGUCCAGCUGACGGAGUACGCUGUGGCGCCCGGAUCGCAGCUGUCGAUUGGGGCGCAGCAGCAGCAGCAGAGCCACAUCUCGAUGGCGCUGCGCGGAGCAGUGGACGCCACAUUCCGGGCCAUCGCCAUACCGCAGGCCGCCAACGUGGGACCCGUGGAGCUAUCGAUGCUGGCCAAGCGGCGGGCCAAGGACCGGGCCCAGCUGCACUCCUAAUCGUGGGCCGCAGCAUCCUGGUGCCUGAGGCGCCAGGCCAAAAGGCAGCUAAUGCGGAUGGUUUUCCGAAUCUAUAGUAUUCUAAUCCACUGCUGUGUCGCGUUUCCCCGCCGGUUCGUCAAGCCGAACGGAGGCGGAGGCGGUGGCCGAGGCGGAGAUGGCAACGGGCACGGACAGGCCCUCGGAAGCGGUUCCCGCCAGCGCUGUCGCAGCGCCAAGCUGCGGGUAGUCUAGGCCUGGCCCGGAACCCGUUCCCGAGGCCGUUCCCGAGUUGUCCGGGGCCUCCAAGUAUUUUGACAACCAGUGUUAAUUAUUUAUUUUAUACGAAACAAAAACAUACCAAGAUGCCAAGCCCAGGCGCCAGGUGGGCGAGCUGGCGCGUAUUUAUAUCCUAUAUAUAUACACAUAUAUAUCGUCUAAAGCUACUAUAUAGAGCCUGCAGUAGGUCGCGGUGAGAGGACGAGUGCGAGUGCGAGUGCGAGUCGAGCAGGAUAUGCAGACUCCGCUUUAGAGACACAGAACUAAUACCUACCACCUCCACGCACAGUUUCAAUGAAGAUGAACGCAUAUUUUUAAUUAAACUAAUCGUAGAUAAAUUUUUUCAACAUCACCGUGUUAUUGUUGUUUAACUAAUUGUUUAAAACGAAACAAAAAUCCAAAAAAAAAUGCAUUCUUUGCGAGAAAAGGAAAAGGCAACCAAACAUUUUAUAUUAAAACUAAUACAAUUUUUAUCGCCAAUCUAUGGAAAAAGACCGUAUAUUUAAACCUGUAAAACGUAACAAACUAAUCGAGAUUGUAAAGAAAUAAUGCGUUUUUGAAGAAAUUGAAAACGUAAGCGGCCAUCGCAGAUUCUUCUUGGAAUGUCAAUUUAGCACAAAAGCAAACUAAUAAUAUGUACAUAUGUAGGGUAUUGGCUGGCAGUGCGUUUCAAAGGCGUAAGGCGGCCAAGACACUACACCGAUAGAUGGACACCCCCGUGCCUGUCCGUACACUUUUGAAACGCACUGUUCGGAGCACACAGUUGUGAAUAGAAAAUUGGUUUCCCACUUCGCGUUCCCCAAUGUCUUCCAACUGAAGUUGUAUCGUUCGAACGGCCUGCAGUAUACACUGUAGCACAAUUAGGAAGGCCUACCACGCACAUAUUGAAGUAUCGGGAAUAACGUUCAGAAAAUAGGAUUUUUGAAACCUUAGCCUUGAUUCCCGGUUCCGUGUUUCGGACACACUAGACGGAAACUGUCUGUAGUGACUGUCUGUUUUCAGAAAACAAAUUCGAAAAUUUUUGAAAAAUUGUAGGGCUUAUGGGUGUAUGGGUGGGUGUGACCGAGUGUGUGUAUGGGUGGGUGUGUGUGCUGUGCACAUGUGUGGGUGUGAGUGUGCGUGUGCUAUAAGAUAAUGCGCUGUGCCACUACUGAACUUACUGCUAAACAAACAAUAAUUGCAUAUAAUAGUACUAUAUACACCACAUAGAAAAUGUUAGUUAAACUUGCAAAUUUUUAAAACAUGAUAUAGGAGGAGGAGUGGAUGGGGGAGCAGGAGGAGAGGUUGCCUGCGGACAGACAAAUAUAUAUAUAUAUAUCCGACAUUAGCUAGCGAAAGAGUAGUAGGUUACGAGGACACGGGCCACUCACUUAGUCGCCAAAAGUCAUAUCUGGGGUGGAAGCCAAUUGUUUUCGGGAUGGGUUUGGCGGCAUUUUGUGCUAAGUGAGUGGGUUCCAUUAACUAAAAAGGGAAAUAAUAAUGAUUAAAUAAAGCGACGGUUUGUUGGGAACUAAAUGCUGUGCACACACAGAGGUUGGGCUGACAGCGCCGGACGACAGUCCACAAACAGAGAGCGUCUUCUAAGCAACCAAAUAUUUGAACUCUGAUUUCCGAGCAUCUCCUCCGGCAGAGUCCGCGCCCGUCGCCCGGACUCGGCGUCGAUGAAGCUCCUUACUAACCAUAAAGCCGCCAACAGCCCCAGUAACGGAUGCUACAUACAUAUAUUUUCUUAGUAGAUUUUUACAGCUUCCAGAACUAUAUAUGUAUAUACAUAGGGUCAGAGGUCAGAGGACACAGGACGUCGGUGAGGGACGCGAUUAUUAAACCCCAAAAUGGAAACCUUAAUAAGAACAAUUUGAAUGUAAUCGAAACCGAUUCCAAAUUAUUGUAAAGUUGAUUCACAAAACAGCAAAAUAAUUGAAAGCAAAAAAAUAAAUAAAAAUUUAAAAGCC